UUUGCGGCGGUGUGUCAACUACCAGGAGUCAAAUGGCGACGUUAGCUCAAUCGACCGUGCCUGCUAUCCCAGUCUUCUCCAUCAAGCACAGCAUCCCAAAGGUGGAGCGCGGGCCACCAGUCCACACAGACUUGAAAAGACGUAUCAGUAUCCUGGAUGAUCAAGAUGACAAUGGACUGGACCGUCUCAGUGAUGUCGAAACUCGCCACAACGCUCAGCAGCACUACCGUCGUAGUCUGCUGGACUCACUGGCAAUCGACGUGGGCGAAAAAUACCUCGACGAAAUCUACCGCGAAGACGACGCCGACGGUACUGAAAGCUACGAAGCUGAUCCAACAAGACCCCAUGCUCAGAGCGGCAAGAAGAACUUGGCUUGUUAGAGAGAGAGACAGCACUUGGUCGAGGAAGAAGAGAAGCGGAGCAACCCACGCACACAACGGGCACUGAGUUAUCGUGACGAUUCCUCUCAACAGAGUGGGGAAACAAACACGGUUAAACUACUGGAUAUCUUGGCUGGGUCUGGCGUUGAGGACCUCU